GAGGGGGCGGCACCGGUUACUAAACAUUUGGAGCAUGUGGCGCCAAUAUGAUCCGACUCUUCCUUUGAGCUGGACCACCCGCUCACAUCGCUUCAUGAAAGAAACUUCUCUUUAAGUCUUCACACGUUCACCAACAUGUCGACGAGACGAGCAAAACGUGAAGCUGUGGUGAAGCUGGAAUUACUGGACUUGACCCCGGUGAACCUGGAGGAGGAGGCCGUGCGACGGUCCUCUCGAACGGCCCUGGCACCUAAACGUCUUCACUACUCCCCUGAGCUCACCACGGCUGGCACGGCCAAGGGGAACAGGAAGACGCACAAUGGAAGAAAUGCACAGAAGAAGACAGUGGACCUGAAAGAAGAAGAAGAGGAGGAGGAUGAAAGUAGUGAGCAUCUGUCUAGUGGACGUGGGGGACUGUCCGCGUACGAGCUGGAGCGACUGGAGAACAUCAGACAGAACCAGGCGUUCCUGUCCUCCAUCAACUUGUUCCAGGCCACUGAAGAGCUCAAGCAGUUGACACGGCCAAAGGCGUCGCAGCGUGGUCUCAUGAGGUCACAGGCUGCUGCAAAAGAAGUGCUGCCAGCUCGCAAAUCCCUUCGUCUCCAAAAGAUAGAGGCGGAGAGCCUGAUACUUCCCCCUGAACCCAGGGGGGCGUUGAUCUAUGAACAGUCCGUGUCACUCAAGAAGCCUCCUGGUCCUCUGCCCAUGGAUCCAGUCAACAUGGAGGAGGGAAGCAAGCUGCCUUCACAACUUCUUAAGCUGUGCUCUGAGGACCCAACAGGAAAAAGAAAGGUGGAGCUUGAUCUAAAAAAAUACGGCUCGGCCCUGAGGAGCAUGAAGAUAACUGAGGACCGUGUGGCCAAAGUGGUGAAGGAUCGUAUCUUCUCUGCUGCUUUCCACCCCUGCACCAGCAGCUUGUUGAUGGCCGCAGGAGACAAGUGGGGCAAAGUUGGCCUGUGGAAAUUGGGCGGUGACUGGGGCGAUGACGGCGUGCUGCUCUUCGAGCCUCACACUCGUCCAGUGGGCUGUUUGGCCUUCUCCAGGGCUCAUGCCACCCAACUGCUGAGUCUCAGCUACGAUGGCUCUCUACGCUGCAUGGAUGUAGAGAAGGCCGUCUUUGACGAAGUGUAUGACAUUGAAGAUGGCCUGAAAUCCUUUGACUUCAUGACGCAUGACUGUUCGACACUAGUCGUGGGGAACUGGUAUGGAGAGGUUGCCAUCGUCGACAGGCGCACUCCAGGAAACACCCACGAGUCCGUACACUCAAUGGACCCAAAGAGUCUGCGUUGUGUUAAUGUCCACCCUUUGCAGAAACACUACUUUGCUGUGGCAGAAAGCAAGAUGGUGAGUAUUUACGACAGCAGGUGCCUGAAGAAGACCAAAUGCCAGGCAGUCUCCCAGCUGCACGGCCACUCUCUGAGCAUAUCCAGCGCUUAUUUCUCCCCUUGCACUGGCAACAGAGUUCUCACUUCCUGUAUGGAUAACCACAUAAGAAUAUACGACACAUCUGCAAUGACUGCAAAACCCCCCUUGUUGACAACCAUCAGACAUGACAUGCAGACGGGCCGCUGGCUGAGCAAACUCUCAGCAGUGUGGGACCCCAAACAGGAAGACUGCUUUGUAGUGGGGAGCAUGUUGAGGCCUCGGAGGGUACAGGUGUUCCACGAAAGUGGCCAGCCGCAGCACUCCUUCAUGGAUGAUGAGAACCUCAGCACGGUGCUGUCCGUCACCGCUUUCCACCCCACAAGGAACGCCUUACUGGGGGGCAAUUCGUCAGGGCGCCUGCAUGUCUUCUCUGACUGACAGAGACCAAAACACGAAGGGCCGUCCCCGCUGGUCGCCUUCAGCGGCAACGGUGAGGAACCAGUGAGGCGAUGGCUUUUAUCACAGUCGAUGUGUAAAUCUCUUCAGUUCACAGCACAGUGUCAAGAUAUGUCACUGCUGGAAACUAGUUGCGACAAAAUUGUUGAAUUUGAUCUUGUCGAUCACUUGUGAAGGCUCUGUCGAGUUUCCUGAGGACUGAGUGAACAGUUUUCUGCCACAAAUCCGUGACUGAACUGAGGUCAGGACUCGGGUUGAUGCCGUGCUUUGAAGCCGCUACUCUGUAGAUAUGGCUUCAGAUUUGGGUUUGUUGUCUUGCGGGAAAAUAGAUCUCGAGUCAAAGAUCUCUUGCAGAUCAGAUGGCAGGGAGGUUUUCUGCAUUGUUUUCAUUUAACCCUCUGUGUCAUUGAGCUGUCACAGCGAUGCAUCAUUCAUGUUGUUUGUCCUUGUGCAAUUCUUGUACAAAAGCCAGUCCAGACGUGGCAGAGUCCCAGCUGUACUUCCUCCUAACAGUGAUGUAUCUGUCUUAUUUACUCGACUCGAGGGGAAACUCAGGGCCUUGGAAAUGAUCUUUACUUCUCCUAACUGGGACAUUUUCAGUAACCUCGUCUCAGAUUCUCAUUUCAUGUCUGCAAUUUAGUUUUUUGAGAGGAUGGUGCACAUAGUGCUUGAGAUAUAUUUAAUGUCACAUAUUGUAAAACAAUUCAUCUGUCAUUAAGAUAGGUCAGUGUCUGAAAACAGACCUGUUCAGUUUCAGUAACUAAUGAAAUGGAGUAGGAUUUAAACUAAAAAGAAAAUGAAGUGGUAUGAAAACAUUUUACAGGCCCCGAAGGCAGACAGUGGCUGAACCUGGACAUUGAGAACUUUUUUGUAGACUCUGUUCUUUACUUCUGUUCUCAAAUUUUUCUAAUUAUGCUCCAAAUGUCUUCCAGAAUUAAAUUAAUUCUAAAAUGGGUUCACUCUACAUUGUUUCUUAGAGCUGUGAAUUUGUAAGAUCAACAUUUAAUUUGGAUGUGACAUGCAUCUUUUGUUAAGUUGAUAGUUUUCAUUCCAUGUUUUUUUAUGUUAUAGCAAAUACAAUAAAUAUAGUUUUUCUUUAAUACCAAA